UACGGCAUAAGUCAGUGGUGCAGUGUACGCGUUGGACGUAGAUAGUUCCUUACAUUUGUGUUCGCGUGUUGUUCGGUCAAUUUUAACUGUAGUUAUUUAUCAGAUUUGUAAUAUAGUCUCCGUUUCACGUACGAGUCUUUUGAAAAUACGAUAAAACUCGUCAAAAUGGGCCGUUCCAGAUCCAGAACUAAAUCUCCGAGCAGAAGGCGUCACAAGAGCAAGCACUCGAGGAAACGCUCCAAAUCUCGAGAAAAGCACUCUUCUAACAAUAAAUAUUCAGAUAAACCAAAGGAACGCAGUUCGAAAUCAAGGAAACGGUCCCAUUCUGCAUCUUCUAGUUCCGGGUCUGAUGCUUCAGAUGAUGUACACAUUGUCAGUCACAAGAAACGUUCAUAUAGAGAUAGGGAUCGCAAAAUGGAUGAGGUUGAGAGAUUAGCAGAAAUGGAACGGCAAAGGAAAAAGAAAGAAUUAUCGAACAAAAUCUUCACUACGAAUGCAGUUGGAAGACAACGUGAAGUGGAGCAAAAAAUGGUUGAGGAGGAGGCUGCCAAGCGAAUUGAGGAGCUAGUGCAGAAGAGGGUGGAGGAGGAGCUAGAGAAACGUAAGGAGGAAAUAGAAGCUGAAGUACAAAGGAGAGUAGAAGAAGCCAAAAGGGCAAUGGAGCGUCAAAUGAUGGAGGAAAUGGAAUGGAGACAAGCAAAACUUCGUGAGGAGGAGAAACGAAGAGAGGAGCUCGAGCGGAAGAAGCGCGAGGAACUAGAGAGGAUCGUGGAGGAGAACAACAGAAAAAUCGAAGAAGCCCAGAAGAAAUUGGCCGAGGAAAGAUUGGCCAUGGUCGAACAGCAACGUUUGAUGGAAGAGGAGAGGCAAAGAAUGAGGAAAGAACAUGAAAAGCGUGUAAAAGAGGAGCAAAAGAAAAUUCUCGGGAAGAACAACUCGAGGCCUAAAUUGUCCUUUACGCUAAAGCCAGUUACGUGAGUCUCUGUCCUCAUUUCGUGCAGUUUUACAUGUGAUAUUUAUACAUCUUGUCGGUUCUAUUGGAAUCGUUUUGUGAACAGUCGUCGUAUGCUGCUGCGCCGUGUACGAAUAUACGUACAGAAAAUCCGCAGCGAAAAAAAUCCAAAGCUCACACCCGAAUGUAUUUGCGAUGAUCGUCGAAGUCCGGCGAUGUUGAACUCUCUUAUUCGAUUCUGAUGACCGUAUCCACGUCAGAAUCGAAUAAUUAAUUCUAUGCUCGCCGGAUUUCGAACCCCGAUACAGAUGGGAUCUUUAUCUUUUCACGAUACCACACUAACGUCAAGACAGACCCAGGCCGCUUUCUGUUCGCGAAAACGUAGACACCGCUACUUGUAUGUGUUCUAAUGUAUGUUGUAUAUUUUUCUUUCCCCUACCCCCCCCCCUUUUUUUUAAGCUAACAAACUAUGUAGUAGUUUAUGCUGGUUCUGCUUGACGAAAGUGUGGUCCAGCCUAGUUAGGUCUGCUCUUACAAAUUGCAACAGUGCAGUUUUAUACAUAACGUCGGUUCGCUGUAAUUAUAUUACACGGAAAAACGAAGUGAUAAUUUUAUUUCAGUCAGGACAAUUAAUUUAAACGAAACAUGACUCUCGUGUUAAGCUUCACGCGUUUCGAACUGGAUACGGCCAGACGAUAAACCUUUUUCGAGAUGGUCAAUAUUAUUCGUACGACCAAUGAUAGAUUUUUUGUAAUUGAAUACGAAGGCAUAGAUGAAUUUUCUAUGAGAAUAGACACAGAUUAUCGUGCGUCCUGUAAUACACAACCGUACGGAACCAGUUUCGAAGCAAUAGAGUAAAAGGAGAGAGCUAGUGUCUUUUUUUAGUACGUUGCGAUGAUAUCGUUCUGGACAGUGCAUCAUGUCUCUUAGGAUCGAACUCGCGGAAAUAACGUUCCGCCUGGAGAAACCGAAGAGAGAAUGUUCUUUUCUAAUCAAAAUUACGAGUAAGAAGUAACGCUGGUAAUGAAAGACAAAAAUAGAACGGACACGCUGAAUGGAUCAUUUUGUACGUGUAGAAACGUAUGAAUGCAACCAAUGAACAAGAAUAUGUCUUGUACGCAAUCGUGUAUAGCUAUAUGUAUCAACAUAACGCAUACAAACCAUUUGUUCAUAUAGGAUUGUAUACCCGCA